GGGUCGGAUCCUAGAAUCUCAGCCACAUCUAAAGAUCUGAGUUUGUGGAGUGCAUAAAGACAUUAGAAGUCUUCCUGGUGCUUGAGGCAUGGGUCCUGCUGUCUUGCUGGCCAUCCUGUGCUUGACAGUGGCUGAAGUCACUCAAUCAUCUGAUCCCAGUUUGGAUUCUGAAUGGCAGGAAUGGAAGAUAAAAUACGACAAAAACUACAGCCUGGAGGAAGACGGACAGAAGAGAGCAGUAUGGGAAGAAAACAUGAAGCUGGUCAAACAGCAUAACAUUGAAUAUGAUCAGGGAAAGAAAAACUUCACCAUGGAUGUCAAUAUCUUCGGUGACAUGACUGGUGAGGAAUACAGGAAAAUGCUGACUGAUAUUCCAGUGCCGAAUCUUAGGAAGAAGAAAAGCAUCCGCCAACCUAUUGCUGGUUAUCUCCCCAAAUUUGUGGACUGGAGAAGAAGAGGCUAUGUGACUUCUGUGAAGAAUCAGGGCACAUGUAAUUCUUGUUGGGCUUUUUCUGUGGCUGGUGCCAUAGAAGGACAGAUGUUCAGGAAAACAGGCAAACUGAUCCCACUGAGCCCACAAAACCUAUUGGACUGUUCUAGACUUGAAGGGAAUUUCGGCUGUUUUAAGGGCAGCACAUUCUUUGCUUUAAAGUAUGUGUGGAAAAAUGGAGGUCUGGAGGCUGAGUCAACCUAUCCAUAUGAAGGACGGGAAGGGCACUGCCGAUACCUCCCUGAACGCUCUGCAGCUAGAAUCACUGGCUUUUCGUUUGUCUCAAACACUGAGGAAGACUUAAUGCGUGCUGUAGCAACUAUAGGGCCCAUCUCUGUCGGCAUUGAUGCUAGACAUGAAUCUUUCAGGUUUUAUAGGGGAGGCAUUUAUUAUGAGCCAAAGUGCAGCAGUAAUAUUAUCAACCAUUCUGUACUGGUAGUCGGCUAUGGCUAUGAAGGAAAAGAGUCAGAUGGCUACAAAUAUUGGCUGAUAAAGAACAGUCAUGGUGAAAGAUGGGGCAUGAAUGGCUACAUGAAGCUUGCCAGAGGCUGGAACAACCACUGUGGAAUUGCUAAAUAUGCUCUUUACCCCAGAGUGUAAAAUGCCUGAUGGUAAGAAGGAAGGGUUGGAGUGGAGACAGCCUGUGAAGUGGAGGCACUUCCCCUUUACUAUGACCAGCCUCUGCUGCGUGGAUAGAGCUCAUGAGUUACUUCAGAACAUGAUGUAAUGUGAAUUCCGUUAUGUGUUUAUCCAGUAAGACAUGAUGGCUACUGCAACUUAAGCACUUCACUCAUUUGUAUUUGAUUCCCAUAAUUUGAUUUGUGUUUGUUUAAUGAUUGUAUAAAAUAAUGUCUUUAAAAAUUAUUUAAGCUCAAA